CGCACAGUGCGGAAGGCGGAGACGUUGGCGGAGUCGGCUGUGGUGGCAGCGACAGACGGGGGCAAUCAGAAACCCGAGGCUUGGCCAUGAACUUGCCUGGGACGGCGGCGGACUUGACAGCCGUUUCCUUGUUGCAUUGCUCCUGCUAACGGAACAGAUUUUGGCAUUAUGGCUGGGAGGCAUCAGAGUCGUUUUCCUCUUCCAGGAGUUCACUCAGGUGGCCAAGUCCAUGCAUUUGGAAAUUGUACGGACAGUGAUGUGUUGGAGGAGGAUGCUGAGGUUUAUGAACUUCGGUCCAGAGGAAAAGAGAAAAUCCGAAGGAGUACAUCAAGAGAUAGACUUGAUGACAUUGUAGUGUUAACAAAAGAUAUAAAGGAAGGAGAUACUUUAAAUGCAAUAGCCCUUCAGUACUGUUGUACGAGAGUAAGGCCGUCAACGCGCAAAACUUACUUCUGGGAAACAUUAGGCAUGAAAUCGUUUUACAUCGAUGUACGUAAAAUUAAGCCCAUCAGUAUACUCAUUCAGUAA